AUGAAGUUCUUAGAGUACACUCCGCUUGAACGGAUAAAUGGUUUUCUGCACCAUUUGAAUCUUGGAGAGUGCACCAUCAAAGGGUCCCUUGAGGCCUACUCUUGCAAGCACGCUGGAUCUGACAAAAAGCUUUCUCUCAGUUUGGAGAAUGAGAUCCUUGAUUAUCUUGGGAAGUCUUCAGAUACAGAUUCGUUAUCGCCUGCUGAAUACCUUUUGAGCAGAUCCAGCCGGAAGACUUUGAUUUACCUUGUUCUGACACUCUCUCGCAUGUAUCCAGACUGUGACUUCAGUGCCAUGAAAGCUCAUCAGUUCUUCACAGAGGAAACUUGGGAGACUUUUAAGCAGAUUUUUGAUAACUACAUGAUUGGAGCAUCAAAGGAAUGGGUGGAGGAAAAUGGGGACACUUCAUUGCUAGAAGCAUUAUACAGAGCUCUAGACGAGGUUGUAAAUCUACCUGAGUGUGAAAUCUACAGUUAUGACCCCGACUCUGAUGCAGACCCGUUUCUAGAGAAGGGUGCAAUCUGGUCUUUCAGCUUCUUCUUCUACAAUAGAAAGCUAAAGCGGGUUGUGAGCUUAUGUUUCUGCUGUGUAAGUAACUUGAUGGGCAUAGAUAACUUAAGUAACGAGGAAGAUGGAGAAAUAUUUGAUGACAUGGAUAUGUGA